UUGUAGGAAUGGCAACUUAUUUAGUUGCUACUGUCAAAACUUGCAAGUGUUUGGACUUAAAAUUAUGUUUUAGAACUUCAGUUGUUGUUGAGGGAUCAAUACCUCAAGGUACAGAUUUCAUAAAAAUAUGAAAAUGUUACGGACAGCAAUAAUGUGGGCGGUAUCUUGCUCUGGUAACUUACUAUCGUCGGUCAUGCCUUUCAACAGUUGAUGGCUAAAAUAAAAUUCAGGAAUCUGAACUUUGUUUAAAAACAAGUGAAAAAUUAUUUUUCUUUUAAAUUAUGUCCAAAUGCAAGACUUUAAAAAGGUUAUUUCCUGCUACUAGUGCGUGGAUCCUAUUACUUGCUACAACUUCUUUAUUUUUUGUGUUUCCCUGUCCAUUCUUAACAGAAGAAUAUCACAUAGCAAUUCCAAUAUGUCAGGCAAUUAUCACUUUAUUUGUUGUCGUAAAUUUUUCUUUAGCAACCUUCAUGGAUCCUGGAAUCAUACCAAAAGCUGCAGCGGCGGAAGACAAAGAUGAUGAUUUUCGAGCUCCUUUGUACCAAAACAUUCAGAUAAAUGGCAUUGCCGUCCGAAUGAAAUGGUGUGUCACCUGUCAAUUUUAUAGACCCCCAAGAUGUUCUCAUUGCAGUAUUUGUGAUGGUUGCAUAGAGACAUUUGAUCAUCAUUGUCCAUGGGUGAACAACUGCAUAGGCCGGCGAAACUAUCGCUAUUUCUUCCUGUUUUUGAUAUUCCUUAGUGUACAUAUGAUAACCAUUUUCACAUAUUGUAUUUUGUAUGUACUUAGACAUUGGGAACAGCUUCAAGAUCAGAAUACAAUUAUUACUUUAGUUGUUAUAAUCAUCAUUACAUUACUUUUCAUACCUAUUCUGGGAUUGACAGGAUUUCAUAUAGUUCUUGUAUCAAGAGGAAGAACGACAAAUGAGCAGGUUACUGGAAAGUUCAGAGUUGGCUACAAUCCUUUUUCUAAAGGAUGUGUGAAGAAUAUUUAUCAAACACUUUGUGGACCCCAAUAUCCUAGUUACAAAUCUCGAAGAAAACAGAAAAAGCAUUUAUCUGUAGCAGCUCCUUCAGUUUCUGCUAGAAUGGGGGAAAAUCAAGUAAAAAUUUAUAUGGACAAUAGCAACACUGGACGUUCAAGUUCGGCAUAUAACAAAAUGUCUCAAGGUGCAGGCGAUUUGUCAGAUGUCGAGGUAAUGCUGGAUUCGUUCGAAAACAACCAAAGCCAGUCUCAGGAUUGCGAACCUUCUCCUCCAAUACCUCGCCACGGAUCGAAGACGAAUUUCUUCUCGCCUUCUGACAAUCCACGUGCAGCGUACAUCUUACAGCAGGGCAAGCCAUGGUCCCCCUAUGGCAGCGCAGGGCCACCGACCCCAAGGGCGCCCAGGGCACUCAUCGGGACCGACGACAGGUGCAUGCAGUCCGUUCCCCGCUCGCCAGAAGGACUCCCUCCCUGGGCGGUGGUGAACAGUCCGAGGUCGACAAGGACACCGCCCAGGAGUCUCACAAGUCCGGUGGUUGGUGCAGACAGCACCAGGACCAGACAGCAUUCACCUUCUCGUCGCUCCAGCCCUGGGUCCCCUGCGUCCUUGACUCCAGGACAGUCUCCUGCGACCGCCAAGAGACACACUGGAUCCAGGAGGGGUCCGCCCAAUGCUCACUAUUACGGCUAUCAUCCGGCGAGGAGUGUCAGGAAUAGCUCUCGGAGCAUGAGCCCAAAUCGAAAAUUUGUUUCCGAGAGCGAGCUAGCACGUGCCGCCGCAGACAAGGCCAACGGCAACUACGAGGCACGGGCCAAUCAGACGGCAGACAAUAUCCAAGAGCUGGCGGAUGGCGUGCGGCCGUGGGGGGUAGAUAUUUCCCGUCGCAUGCCCCACGGCUCGGACAUCUUGCCAUCCUACGGAUUUAGAUCCAGUGGGGGUGUGCCUCGUAAAGCAGGGGCGUCGCCUCAGAGUAGGCGUGCUUCGGGACAUAAGACUCCGCCUCCUGACUCCUCCCCCGCCAAGGUGCACGUGAAGAGACCAGUCACUUUCGUGAAGGCCUUGGAAUUGACUGAAAGUAAUGACAAAGCAGGUUCUAAGAUGGAUGCCCAUCUUAGGCAAUGCAUGCAGCAAACUAAAACUCCGACAAGCAUGGAUCAAGAAGACAGGAAGAGUCUGUAUGAAAUGAAUUAUGAAAUAUCCGUCUAGUUCAUACUUAAGUCUGCCGGCAUUGAGCACCAGUAUUCAUGUUUGUGUUAUAGCAUAUUAUUUAUCAGACAUUUUCUAAGUUAUAAGGAAU